UUAAGGGAUUUUGUUCCGCUGCGUAGGAUCGUUUCGCAAUUCGUCUUCUGUGUGGUCUGAGGUACAUCACUGACUCGGUAAGCGAGUAAGCUAAGUAACGCAAACUCAGCCUUUACCCUUCCCGCCCUGGCUCUUCUCUACGCCCAUAACCACCCGAAAGUCACUCACCUCCUGCUAAAAUGCGCCACCCAGCUUACCAUGCGCCAUUUGUAUCAAAUCCAAGCCCAAGUCACAACCAACCCAAUCCCUUCCGUCGAGCCGAACCGCAUUGCCGUCAAGCUCAUCGGCCUGUGCGCUGCCCACGCUAACAUGCGCCACGGUGAACUCAUAUUCACCCACUACCUCACGAGCACCCCAAACAUCUUCGUUUUCAAUGCGCUCCUCAAAGCCUUUGCUCAAAACAAUGACUGGCGGAGUACUUUAUGUUACUUCAACUACCAAUUGCUAUUGCCAAAUGCUCCGGACCCGGAUGAAUAUACAUUCACUUCUGUUCUCAAGGCCUGUGCUGGCCUUGCCCAAGCGAGCGAGGGGGAGAAAACUCACUGUUUUGUAGCUAAAUAUGGGUGCGAGUCAAAUCUUUACGUUAAGAACUCGCUCAUCGAUUUGUAUUUUAAAGUUGGUUGUUUUGGAAUUGCUCAGAAGCUGUUUGAUGAAAUGGAUGUUAGAGAUGUUGUUACUUGGAACACUUUGGUUUCUGGGUAUUGUUUGAGUGGACACGUCGAUGAGGCCAAGUGUGUCUUUGAUAGGAUGGUAGAGAAAACUUUAGUUUCUUGGUCGACGAUGAUAAGUGGGUAUGCCAAGGUGGGUAAUUUGGAGGAAGCUCGACGGCUUUUCAGAGAGAUGCCAGAAAGAAAUGUGGUGUGUUGGAAUGCAUUGAUCGCCGGGUACGCCCAGAAUGAAAAGUAUGCUGAUGCCGUGAACGUAUUUCGGCAAAUGCAACAAGAAGGGGGCUUGGCGCCAAAUGAUGUAACGCUUGUUAGUGUGUUGUCAGCUUGUGCUAAUCUUGGUGCUCUUGAUUUGGGGAAGUGGAUUGAUAGGUAUAUAAGACGGAAUAGGAUGAAAUUGGGCCUGUUCUUAGGAAAUGCAUUGGCGGAUAUGUAUGCAAAAUGUGGAUGCAUAACAGAGGCUAGGCGGGUUUUUGACAUGAUGCAGGAGAGAGAUGUAAUAUCUUGGAGUAUUAUUAUCACUGGAAUGGCCAUGCAUGGGCACGCAAAUGAAGCUUUUGAGUGCUUUAAGGAAAUGAUCGCUCAUGCUGUGAAGCCAAAUGAAAUAACUUUCAUGGGGUUGUUGACAGCAUGUACUCAUGCUGGCUUGGUUGAUAAGGGGCUUGAUUAUUUUCAUAUGAUGGCACCAGCAUAUGAAAUUAUUCCCAAAAUUGAGCAUUACGGAUGUGUGAUUGAUCUUCUUAGCCGAGCAGGUCGCCUCGAUGAAGCAGAGAAGUUAAUCAAUUCAAUGCCUAUAAAACCGAAUGCUAUAGUUUGGGGAGCAUUACUUGGAGGUUGUCGGAAGUUCAAAGACGCUGAAAGGGGACAACGCGUUGUUCAUCGAAUUCUUGAACUAGACUCUGAGCACUCUGGGAGCUAUGUUUACCUUUCUAAUAUGUAUGCUUCAAUGGGUAGGCUUCAGGAUGCUGCAAAGUGUAGGUUAAGAAUGCGGGACAACGGAGUUACGAAAUUACCUGGCUGUAGUUGGAUAGAGAUUGGUAACACAGUUUAUGAGUUCUUUAUGGGCGAUCACUCACAUCUUCAAUCAGAGAAGAUAUACCUGAUGAUCAAAGAACUAAGAUGGAAGAUGAAGCUAGCUGGAUACAGGCCAAAGACAGACCUUGUAGUGCAUAGUAUAGAUGAAGAAGAGAAGGAGGAUGCUUUAUCUGUUCAUAGUGAGAAAUUGGCCAUUGCAUUUGGGCUAAUCAGUACGAGUGAAGGAACUACCAUUCGAAUCGUAAAAAAUUUGCGAGUUUGCAACGAUUGUCAUGAUGCAACAAAAAUAAUCUCUCAAAUUGUUAAGCGAGAGAUUAUUGUUCGAGAUAGGAGCCGCUUCCAUCAUUUCAAAGAUGGUAGAUGUUCUUGUAAUGAUUAUUGGUAACAACAGCUAACAUUCUGAGGGAUGCAGGUGAAGUGGUUUCUCUAUUUUUCCGAUGAAAUGAGAGUUUCUUCAUAUGUUGUAUAUAGAACCAGAUAAGAGUUCUCGGCAAAGAACCGAGUUUAGUCCUUCUGUGCGUGUGGAGGUUUAGCUUCUCUUUAUUAUUUAUUUAUUUAUUUAUUUAUUAUUAUUAUUAUUAUUAUUAUUAUU